UAUCCCAUUUUCAUUAAAAGUGUCGCUUUUCUACUUCUACAAUCCUUGUGGCCGCAUUGCGAUUUCACAUUUCUGCAUUGUUUUUCAGAAAAGUACAUUUUGUCGUCACAGUAGUUUGUUUUGCUUUGUGACUGGCAGGUUAUGUGCUUGUGUAUUGUGUUUAUAUGUUUUUACUGUGACAAUGACGCCUGAAAAUUUGGAUGAAGUAUUCUCAGUGCCUUCAACUUGCCCUCCAGAGAAGAGGACUAAUGUUCAGAAAACGUUAAAUUUAAUGAAGGAGCACGUUAUUGCCCGAAAUGGUCAAACAUACAACUGGACCAUUAGGGACUUCGAUAUAGGCUGCCCGUUGGGGCGUGGAAAAUUUGGCAGAGUAUACCUUGCACGCGAAAAAAGUACCAAGUAUAUGGUUGCUCUUAAACUAUUGUAUAAGUCUGAAUUGGUGAAGUCCCGCCUAGAAAAGCAAGUACUCAGAGAAAUUGAGAUCCAAACCCAUCUCAGGCAUCCCAACAUUCUGUCACUCCUUACCUACUUUUAUGAUUCAAGUCGCAUUUAUUUGGUUCUUGAAUUUGCUGCCAGAGGAGAGUUGUAUAAACACCUGCAACAGCAGCCACAUGGCCGAUUUGCUGAACCAGAGGCAGCAAAAUAUGUUUAUCAAGUUGCUGAUGCUUUGCGUCAUUGCCACUUGUACAAGGUGAUUCACAGGGAUAUAAAGCCUGAAAAUCUUCUUCUUGAUGCCCGUGGAAAUAUCAAAUUAGCUGAUUUUGGUUGGUCAGUUCAUGCUCCGUCAUCCAAACGUAAAACUAUGUGUGGAACACUUGAUUAUCUACCUCCAGAAAUGGUUCUUGGGCGAGAGUAUGAUGAGCGAGUUGAUUUUUGGUGUCUGGGAGUUUUAUGUUAUGAGUUUUUAGUUGGACGUCCACCAUUUGAAAGUUCUCAGCAAGAUGACACAUACAGACGCAUCCAAGCAGUUGAUGUUAAAUAUCCUGACCAUGUUAGGCCACUGGCAAGAGACCUCAUUUCAAAGCUCUUAAGAAAGAAUCCAUUUGAUAGGCUUCCACUAGAAGAUGUUAAGAUCCACAGCUGGAUCGUUUCUCAGAAAGCAAUGGCAAAGUAGAGAUGUACAAUUUUGUUUUAACUUAUUUUUGUAAAUAUUUUUUUAUAUUUUAGAACUAUUUUUAAGAAGCUCGUAAUUUUUCAUGACAAGUAAUAGAAAGAUUAAAGGUGUUUUGUAUAUACUGGUACAAGGGGCCUUCCCUUUUUACAGGACUUGAUUGCAAUCAAAAAAUAAAAUUUAUCUUUAAAACUAA